GUGAAUGACGUCGACCCCAUACAAUCAUCUUCAAACGUUUGCUUCAUCAACACCCUUAAAUCAUGUCCCUCGCCUCCAGAGUUGUCCGCCCAACCAUCCGGGCUGUCUCCGCCCGCGGCUUCAUCAACGCCGCCGCGCGCCAGAAGCACACCCUUCCCGACCUGCCCUAUGAUUACGCCGAGCUUGAGCCUUCCAUCUCAGGAAAGAUCAUGGAGCUUCAUCAUACCAAGCACCACCAAACCUAUGUCAACAUGCUUAAUGAGGCCGAGGAGAAGUACUCCGUUGCAGCUAAGGACAACAACGUGCAGGCCCAGAUCAACCUUCAGGCUCUGCUGAAGUUCCACGGAGGAGGACAUAUCAACCACACUCUCUUCUGGGAGAACCUUGCACCCAAGAAGAACGGCGGAGGAGACCCGCCAACUGGCGAGCUUGCAACCGCCAUCAACGAGAACUGGGGUAACUUUGACAACUUCAAGAAGACCUUCAACACCUACCUUGCUGGAAUUCAGGGUAGCGGUUGGACUUGGCUCGUGAAGGACAAGGAAACCAACAAGCUCCAGAUUAUCUCUUUGCCGAACCAGGACCCUGUUGUCGGCAAGUACCAGCCAAUCAUAGGUAUUGAUGCUUGGGAGCACGCCUACUACCUCCAGUACGAGAACCGCAAGGCGGAGUACUUCGGUGCCGUGUGGGAUGUCAUCAACUGGAAGACGGCUGCCAAACGUUAUGGCAGUGCUUAGAUCAGUUCGAGACCUGGCUAUAUAUGGGGAAUAACUUCCUUAGUGCUCGAGUUUGGCAUGUAUGAUAGGAGACCAGUCAACUUGAUACCGCACGAUUGGACCCGUCAUUUUCAAGAUAGGUUGAAAUAUGUAGAUACUCGUGAUAAUAAUGAUCACUGCCACUAUGAUCUGCAGUUUGUACCA